GUCCUAAUAUGUUAUAAAGAAUUUAGUCAAUUUACCUUUUCGGGAAGAAGAGGCUUUCACCAUUUAAACAUCAGCUAACGUUGAAUUUCCCCAGAAAACCUGUAACCGCAGGAAAACGGAUAUGCAUAAGCAACAACGAAGCAGAAGGUAGGAUGCAUAAAAAGAAAAGAUGGAGGGAGCUCGAGCUGAAUAGCAAAUCAAAAACCUUCUCACUAGUUCCUCUGUUCCUGACUUGAAUUCAAUUCCGUCAUAAUUCAGAGACGUCAUUGAGAUUAAAAGUUGAUGGGAAGUUCUGUGAAGCAUGGUUCUGCCAAAAUUAGUGAUGUCAGAGACUAUGAAAUGAACAAGUAUUUAAAGAACAUGUACAGAGAACUGAAGAGUGGUAAACACCAGGUUAAAUCAACCGAUCAGUUUUACAUGUGUCCAUACUGCCCUGAUAAAAGAACGGACUUCGAGUUUAUAGAUCUUUUGCAGCAUGCAAGCGGGGUUGGAAAUGGCGGUUCACAAAAAAGGACUGCAAGACAAAAGGCAGAUCACCUUGCCCUGGCUAAGUAUUUAGAAAGUGAAAUAGCUCCUAGAGCUGGUCCUUCUGCAAAAAGCAGUGAGGCUAAUGAAAUUGGGAAGAAAGAUUUGUUGUUGAAUGAGAUCAAGUCUGACUUUUGUGCAUGGGCACUUUCCCCGGACGAUUAUGGUUCUAAUAGCAUAGUUCAAGAAGAUCUUAGUACCAUGUCAAAUAUUAUGGAAAGGGCUCGAGAUACCAACAUCUGCCCAUACUGCCCUGAGACAAGAAAUCGUCACUUUCAGUACAAAGAUCUCGUGCAGCAUGCAAAUUCAAUUGGCAAUUGUAACUCACUGAAACGGACUGCAAUAGAUAAGGCAAUUCACCUUGCACUGGCAAAGUACUUGGAAGGUCAAAUAGCUGCUGGAUCUGGUCCUUCAGUGAAUCACUAUGCGGCUAAUGCUAAUGGAAAAAAGAAGUGGCCAGCGAAGAAUGAGAAAAAGCCUUAUCUUUGUGCACAGGUAGUUCACACAGAUUACAGUAAUUACAAUAAAGUUGUUGAAAAAGAUCUCCUUACCAUGUCUAACAUCAUGGAGAAAGCUCGAAUGACCAACAUUUGUCCAUACUGCCCUCAGAUAGGCGGUGGAGGCUUUCAGCUUCGAGAUCUUUUGCAGCACGCGAUUUCAAUUGGCAGUUGCGAAUCUCAGGAAAUGAGUACAAUGGAAAAGGCAAUUCACAUUGCACUGGCUAAGUACUUGGAGGAUCACAUAACUGUUGGAGCUGGUCCUUCAAAGCCUUCUUUAGAUGUAGAUGUAAACCAUAACUAUAAUGAAAUGUUUGUCUGGCCAUGCAUAGGAAUCAUCGUUAAUAUUCCUACUAGCUAUAUUGAUGGUCGGUAUGUGGGGGAGAGUGGUAGUGACUUGAGAGAUGAGUUGGAAAGAAGAGGAUUUGGCCCAACUAGGGUGCGACCUUUGUGGGAUUCCCAGGGCCAUUCUGGAACUGCAAUUGUUGAGUUUCAUAAGGAUUGGUCUGGAUUUAUCAAUGCCAUGUCUUUUGAGAAAGAUUUUGAGGCUAAUGAUCAUGGGAAAAAGAAUUGGCUGUCAAAGAAUGACAUGAAUUCUGAUCUUUAUGCAUGGGUAGCUCGUGCAGAUGAUUAUAAUUCUAAUAACAUUGUAGGGGAAGAUAUCCGCAUGUUUGGAGAUCUUAGAUCCAUUUCAGAUAUUAAGGAAGAAGAAUCUAAUAAGACCAAGACGAUGGGAGACAUCCAGCAUCAACGUGUUUUGCCUCACACAGAAGGGAAUGGCAGUUGCAGUUCACAGAAGACUUCAGGAGACCCGACAAACCGCCUAGUGAUGGCUAAGUAUGAAGAACUGAAGAAUGGUAAAUACCAGGUUAAAAUAUCUUAUCACGUUUACAGAUGCCCCUUCUGCCCUGCUAAAAAGGGCGACUUCCAUCAUAAAGAUCUUUUGCAGCACGCAAGUGCGAUUGGUAGUUUAGAGAAAAGGACUGUAACAGACAAAACAAAUCACAUUGCACUGGCUCUGUACUUAGAAAGUGACAUAGCUUCUGAUGCUUCUUCAACGAUGGUUUCUGUGGAGGUAGAUACCCUUGCAGACCAUGACUGUGAUGAAAAAUUUGCCUGGCCAUGGGUUGGCAUCAUUGUCAAUAUUCCUGUUAGCUUUAAGGAUGGCCAUUAUGUGGGGGAGCGUGGCAGUGAAAUGAGGGAUCAGUUGGCAAGUAGAGGAUAUGAUCCAAUUAGAGUACGGCCUUUAUGGAACUACCAGGGCCAUUCUGGGAUCGCCAUUGUUGAUUUUCAUAAGGACUUGUCUGGAUUUAUCAAUGCCAUGUCUUUCGAGAAAGACUAUCAGGCUAAUGGUCACGGAAAGCAGAAUUGGUUGUCAAAGACUGAGAAGGGCUAUGAUCCGUAUGCAUGGAUAGCCCGCACAAUUGAUUAUCAUUCCAAUAACAUUGUUGGAGAAGAUCUUCGCAAUUUUAAGGAGCUUAGAACUCUUUCAAGUGUUAUGGAAGAGGAAGCUCGAAUGACUAAUGUGUGUCCAUUCUGUCCUGAGACAAGAAAACGAGACUUCCAGUACAAAGAUCUUUUGCAGCAUGCAGCAGCGAUUGGAAAUUGUAAUUCAUUGAAAAGGACUGCUAGAGACAAGACAAAUCACCUUCAACUAGCUAAAUACUUGGAAAGUCAUGCAGCUGCUAUAAUUUGUCCUUCAGAGCCUACUGUGCGAGUUAAUUCUCCUGUGGAUAAUGACCCUACUGAAAUGUUUGUGUGGCCAUGGACUGGCAUCCUAGUCAAUGUUCGUACUAGCUUCAAGGAUGGUCAUCUUAUAGGGGACAGUGGUACUAAAUUGAGGGAUCAGUUGGCACAUAGAGGAUUUAAUCCAACUAGAGUGCGAGCUUUAUGGAAUGACCAAGAUCAUUCUAGUACUGCAAUUGUUGAAUUUCAUAGGGAUUGGUCUGGAUUUACCAAUGCCAUGUCUUUUGAUAUAUAUUAUGAGGCUAAUAAUCAUGGAAAGAGAAACUGGCUGACAAAGAAUGAAAUGGACUCUGAACUUUAUGCAUGGAUAGCUCGUGCAGAUGAUUACUAUUCUAAUCAUAUUGUUGGUGAAAAUUUACGCAAGAUUGGAGAUCUUAGAACUAUAUCAGAUAUUAUGGAAGAUGAAGCUCGAAAAACUACAAAGCUGGUACAUUAUUUGUCAAAUGUUGUUGAGGCCAAAAAAAUGUCUUUUCUAGAUAUGAAGAUUAAGCUUGAAGAGACAGAAGGCACUCUAUGCCAGUUGAUCAAGGAAAAGGCUCUUCGUCAUGCUUACAGUGAAGAGAUUAAAAAGACUGAGUCAAGUGCGCGAGAUCAUCUUAGGAGGAUAUUCAAUUACCACGAGAAGCUGAAACUUCAGCUGGAAUCUCAAAAGAGAGAUCUUGAGCUCAGAGGUCAAGAACUAAGGAAAAGGGAGAUGCAAGAAGAAAUUAAGAGAAAAAAGCUAGCUGAAGACUCUAAGCAGAAUGCGGAGAAAAAAUUCUCCCUUCAAGCUGCUGCCCAGAUAAAAAGAAAAGCUGAUGAAAAAUUAAUGAAGUUGGCUGAGGAACAGAAGAGACAAAAGGAGGGCCUACAUAGGAGAAUUAUUCAACUGGAGAAGCAACUGCAUGCAAAACAAGCAUUGCAGCUUGAGAUUGAGCAGUUAAGAGGUCAAUUGAAUGUGAUGAAGCACAUGGAAGAUGAAGGCGAUUUAGAAGUCUUAGAGAAAGUCGAGUCAUUGCUAAGGGCCUUGAGAGAGAAGGAAAAAGACCUUGGGCAUUUGGAAGCUUUAAACCAGACUCUAAUUGUGCAGGAGCGGAUGACAAAUGAUGAGCUACAAGAUGCCAGGAGAGAGUUAGUUAAUGGUUUGAAGGACAUGUCGUUGAGUGCUAGUAUUGGUGUCAAGAGAAUGGGGGAACUUGAUAGCAAACCAUUUCAUGAAGCAAUGAAACGGAACUAUAGUGUGGCUGAAGCAGAUGAGAGGGCUAUGGAGUUGUGCUCACUGUGGGAGGAGUACCUCAAAGAUCCUGAAUGGCAUCCUAUAAAGGUGGUCAACGUUAAUGACAAACAUGAGGCGGUAAUAGAUGAAGAUGACGAAAAACUGAGAGAUUUGAAGAAAAAUUAUGGCGAAGAAGUUUACAACGCAGUCACAAAAGCACUCUUUGAGAUAAAUGAAUAUAACUCGAGCGGAAGGUACGUUAUUUCCGAGCUGUGGAACUAUAAAGAAUGUAGGAGAGCAACCCUCAAGGAAGGAGUUGAGAUUCUGAUGAAUCACUGGAAACUGUACAAAUGGAGGAGAGGAAUGGAUUGAUGGGUGGAUUUGCACUCUCUAUGUUGUUGUAAACUUGUAAUACCGAUUUUUCAUUCAAGAAUAGUCAUUUAAUUGAUAUCUCUAGGCAUGUAAUAUGUAAUAUUAUGUAUGGCUUUAACUUUUUAUAACAAUUCAUUGUUAUCUUGAAGCUCAUUGCUUAAUUGACUUGUUUUCAAUUCAUUAUUUAUCCUCUCCGUAAUAUGUAUGGCCUUAACAGUAUAUAUUUGUAUGGAAUUGCACAUUUUUAGACAACUUUAAA